AGAAAAAGAGAGAGAGAGGUGCACUUGGAAUACUAGUACAGGAUGACUGCAUGAGAGUCUCAAUUGCUCUCUCUCUCUCUCUCUCUCUCAUAUUUUGCAUAUUUUGCAUAUUUUGGAAAUUAAGGUAGCUCAUGGUGAUCACCAGAAGAAUAUCAUCGUCUCUCUCUUGUCUUCUCUCUCUAUGUUUCUUUUUGGCAAAGGAGAAAUAGAAGUCGGUGGAGUUUAUAUCCAGGGUAGGAAUAAGAAAUCAAAGCUUUACAAGAGAGAGAAAGAGAGAAAGAGAGAGAGAAGUUGAGAGAAGAGAGAGUAAGUUCAGAUGAGAGCUAUCUAAUUAAACUAGUAUUACUACUACUACUACUACUUCUCUAGAGAAAACGCACCGUAUUCCUUCACAUAUAUGCUAUCCUUUUGUUCUUGAAUCUCUUUCAAUUCGAUAGCGGGUGAGAGAUAAGAGAGAAAGAAGGGAAUUAGAGAAGCAGGCUAGGGAUCAGAGAAUGUUCCAUUCCAAGAAGCCAACUAUGAAUUCUCAUGAAAGACCUAUGUGUGUUCAAGGUGACUCUGGCCUUGUUCUCACUACUGAUCCUAAGCCUCGUCUUCGGUGGACUGUCGAACUUCAUGAUCGCUUUGUCGAUGCAGUAACUCAGCUUGGAGGCCCUGAUAAAGCAACACCGAAGACUAUCAUGAGAGUUAUGGGUGUCAAAGGGCUCACUCUUUAUCAUCUCAAGAGCCAUCUUCAGAAGUUCAGGCUAGGAAAACAACCACACAAGGAAUUCAAUGAUCAUUCAGUUAAAGAUGCUACUGCACUAGAGCUGCAAAGAAACAUGGCUUCUUCUUCUUCUAUGAUGGGUCGCACCAUGAAUGACAGGAAUGUUCAUAUCACUGAAGCAAUUCGUAUGCAGAUGGAAGUGCAAAGAAGAUUACAUGAACAACUAGAGGUGCAAAAACACCUUCAAAUGAGGAUUGAAGCUCAAGGGAAGUACAUGCAAAGCAUAUUGGAGAAAGCCUGCCAAACAUUAGCAGGAGAAAAUAGCAUGGCAGGAGGAGGAUCACCUUACAAAGGUUUAGGACAUCAAGGAGUUGUGGAUAUAAACAACUUGAAGGAUUUAGGCUCUCCAUUGAGCUUCCCUUCUCUUCAAGAUCUCCAUUUGUUCGGCUCCACUGAUCAUCUUGACAUGCAUCAACAUGCAUCUCUUGAUGGAUUCUUGCAAACCAGUGACACCAGCAUUUGCAUUGGCAAAAAGAGACCAAAUCCUUACUUAUCAAAUGGCAAAAGUCCGAUGAUUUGGACCGAUGAUCUUCGCCUUCAAGAACUUGGCUCAGGUUCAACAUGCAUGGGAUCUCAAGAAGAACCAUCUAAGAGUGAUCAACUUCAAAUUGCACCAUCUGUUAUGGAUUCUGGUAUCGAUAUGGAUUCAAUAACUGAUGUUUAUGAGACUAAACCGAUGAUUUCCGGUGAUAGUAGUGGAGAAAAGAAGUUCGAGGGCUCAUCAAAGCUCGAAAGGCCGUCUCCGAGACGGGUUCCUCUUAAUCCUAUGAUCAGAGGUGGAACUUUAUCUCAUACAAGAAACAUAUCUCAUGGGUGAGCUAACUUUGAUGUAGAGCAUGGUAGUGUUUUUGUUUACAAGUUUAAUUAACAUGCUUCAAAAUAAGUGACUUGUGGGAGCAUUACAAGCAGUUCAUUAGGGUUUAACAAUUAAGGAUGACUAGUGUGAUUGAGACCAUGAGAAGGUAAUUCAUGGAAUGGACUCUUUUUUUUUUGUUUUCUUCUGGUUUUGUUGCUGAGUUUAAUUAACUCAUCCAUGUAAAACAACUUGCAACUCUUGCAUGCUUAAAUGGAGUUGUUUAAUUUGCAUGCAUUUAUUUAGUUUUGCUUUUCAUGUA